AUGAGGGGCCAGCUCCUUCUCAUCUUCAGACAAGACCUGACCACGCUGAGGCUUGGCUUUCCAGAGCAGGGAGUCAGUCUGACUCUGGAUCGCUGCCGCACGGCUUUGAUAAAUGAGACAGAGGGGAUCGGAGGAAAGCUACUUACAGAGGAACGAACGAGUUGUGAAGUCCACGGAGUCAUCAUGCAGGACAGAAGGUUUUGGGAGCUGGAUGCCAUUCUGCAGCUUGGAGGCGUUAAGCAGUCAUCCCCUCGUUCCCACAAUCUAAUUCCGCACAAACCCUUUAAAGUGUAUCUUCGCAACAUCGUUCUUAAUAAGCAGGUAAUGACUUUCUAUCACACAGAGUAUCGCUUACCUCUUACUGCAGACGGCUGCUCUGUAGCGGACAUGGGAUCUGUGGAUGCAUCCGGUAAAUCAGCUUCGGUACUUUGGGGGUCUCUGAGCAGAGGGAUGCGGUAUGACCAGGUGUAUGAUCUAGCAGCCCCGCUGGAAGCUGUUAAUAGCUCCCCAGGCUGCGCGAGGAAGGGUACAGCUUGCUCAUCACCUGCACCCUGCGAUUCUCCUUGCGCCAGUGACCCCUGGACCCCCAGCUGUGAUUGCCCACCCGCUCACCAGGACUGCGGAAAAGGAUGCAUAAAGAACGCGAGACUGAACGGCUGCCGCCUGCCCAUGGAGAACACGACGGCCUCGCCCGUGUCUGUUAUAAGCCGGGAAGGAGUGACCGAAGGCUGCGUCUCAGACGUCUGUAGCAGCAGCCCCUGCAGCCGCGGCUUUGUCUGCGUUGAUCUAUGGAUGAGCCACGAAUGCAGGUAUCACCCAACACGUGCUGGGGUCACAAGACUUCAGAAGAGAUUAGAGCUUUGGGGUCCUACCUUGUGCUUUCUAAGCAUUCCCAGUUAA